AGAUACAUGAUCCGUGAUGAUACUGAAGGUCCAUUGAUAUCCAUGAGUUUGAAAUCAUUUAUUUUAAACGUCGGAGCAAGAUCCUCAGCCCCUGGUGGUGGAUCAGCUGCUGCAGCCAUUGGUGCAAUUGGUGCUGGUCUUGGUAGUAUGGUUGGUUGGAUGACUUACGGAAAUAAGAAAUUCCAUGGACUAGAUAAAGAUAUGAGAGCUAUUAUUCCAUCACUACAUGAAGCUAUGCAUGAUUUAUUGCCAAUGAUAGAUGCUGACACAACUGCUUUCAACCAAUAUAUGGUUGCCUGCAAAUUACCCAAAGUAACAGAAGAAGAUAAGAAAAUUCGUGAACAAUGUAUGCAGGGAGCAAUGAAAACUGCUGUUGCCGUGCCAAUGCAUGUUGCGGUUACAAUAAACAAAUGUUGGCCAUCCAUGAAAGAACUUGCAAAUAAAGGAAACAUACAAUGUAAAUCAGAUAUACAGGUCGGUGCUCGUUCUUUAGAGACUGCCUUAUGGGGUGCAUAUUAUAAUGUUAUGAUUAAUCUACCACAGUUAACUGAUGAAGAAUUCAAGAACAAGGCCCAGACUGAUAUUGAAGAAGCUUUAAAGAAAGCCCAAGAUUGCUGCAAAGAAAUACUUGCCAUUGUUGAAGAGAGAAAAGAGUAGAAAUAUGCAAAAAUUGCUUGGGGGAAGAAAAGGAGGGGUUAUAAAUAUUGGUAAAACUCAUUGCGAUAUGUUUUUAUUGUCAGUGCAGUGUGGGGUAGGCAUAGUAUUUGUGGUCAGUCUGCUUGUAUAAUGAUGUCCAUUUGUCCUCGGGCUAGGGUUCAUGUUUAACUGCAUUACACCCCUUGCUUUAUAGUGGUAUAGCCCACUUUAUAUUAGCCGCAAUUAUAGGUGGGUCGUCCAACAAACGCUUGGUGAAUGCGAAGAAAAAUUGAAUUGUAGAUAGCAAAGAGUGUUAAAUCAGAUUUACAUAUGGUGUGUUAUUAUUUUAGAAUGAAUUGUGGGACAAAAAUGUUCAUCAUUCUUUCCAAAUCAGUGUUUGCAUGACGUUCUAUGUCAGUCUACUGGUCAAUGUGCGUUUAUUUGUUUAAACUUGUAUCUCAAAGAGAUAGUAACUUGCACCCAAAUGUGUCACUUAUAUUUCAAAGUCUUUUGUACUAAAACUUCAUAUGCCCAUACUGUAUAGAAAACUGAACUGAUAUCAUACAUGUAAGGCUAUUGAGCUGCAGAUUUAUAUUUUUAUUGAUCCCAGCUGUAUUUGUUACACUUGUCAUCUAUUCUCUUGGUGAAACAACAGCCAGCAUAUGAGACGAUUUUGACACAAUCACUAGCCAAUACUGUUUAAUUUGUUUGUAUUCCAACUAUGCAUUCCAAUAUUUUUGCCUAAAAAAACAAAUCAUUGAAGAUCAGGAGUAAACUCAGCAAUCGUGUCACUCGUUUUAUUUGUAUACUGCCCUCUGGAGUCAGAAAUAUACAAAUGUUUCGAUUUUCAUUUCUGAGUGAUUUUUCUGAAUAAACUAAAUAAUACCUGUCGUCUUUGCUGAUGAGUUUGCAUUGUCAUUCUCACCAUUCUCCAAAAUAGCACAUACCCAUUUUGUAAAUUGUCUAUAUUAAAGUACAUAAAUAUUCUAAAGUCUCUAAUGAUAUCCAUAUUAUUAUAUAUUGGUGUAAUGUAAAACUAAUUGUUGUA